AACGACAGAAAGAAACAGCAAAUUGAAAGAAAAGCAUUGCAUUGCACCAGAAUGUCUGUGAAAUGUACUUCAGUGUUUCUGCUCAUACAACUGAGCUGUUACAUUAACUCUGGGAACUGCGGAAAAGUGCUGGUGUGGCCCACAGAAUUCAGCCUUUGGAUGAAUAUGAGGACAAUCCUGGAUGAGCUUGUCAACAGAGGUCAUGAGGUGACUGUGCUGGCAUCUUCAGCUUCCAUUGUUUUUGAUCCCAACAGCCAAUCUACUCUUAAACUUGAAGUCUAUCCUACAUCUUUAACGAAAACUGAGUUUAAGGAUAUCAUCCUGAAGCUGGUCAACAGAUGGUUAGACCUUCCUAAAGACACAUUCUGGUCAUACUUUUCACAAGUACAAGAAAUCAUGUGGACAUUUGGUGACAUAUAUAUAAAUUUCUGCAAGGAUUUAGUUUCAAAUAAGAAACUUAUGGAAAAACUACAGGAGUCAAAAUUUGAUGUUGUUUUUGCAGAUGCUAUUAUUCCCGGUGGUGAGCUGCUGGCUGAGCUACUCAACAUACCCUUUGUGUACAGUUUCCGCUUCUCUCCUGGCUACUUUAUUGAAAAGCAUAGUGGAGGAUUUCCAUUUCCUCCUUCCUAUGCACCUGUUGUUAUGUCAGAAUUAAAUGAUCGAAUGACUUUCAUGGAGAGGGUAAAAAAUAUGAUCUAUGUGCUUUAUUUUCAAUUUUGGUUCCAAAUAUUUAAUAUGAAGAAAUGGGACCAGUUUUACAGUGAAGUUCUAGGAAGACCCACUACCUUAUCUGAGACAAAGGGGAAAGCUGACAUAUGGCUUAUUCGAAACUCCUGGAAUUUUCAAUUUCCUCAUCCACUCUUACCAAAUGUUGAUUUUGUUGGAGGACUCCACUGCAAACCUGCCAAACCCUUACCUAAGGAAAUGGAAGAGUUUGUCCAGAGCUCUGGAGAAAAUGGUAUUGUGGUGUUUUCUCUGGGGUCACUCAUCAGUAACAUGACAGAAGAAAGGGCCAAUGUAAUUGCAUCAGCCCUUGCCAAGAUCCCACAAAAGGUUCUGUGGAGAUUUGAUGGGAAAAAACCUCAGGCCUUAGGACACAAUACUCGGGUGUACAAGUGGAUACCUCAGAAUGACCUUCUUGGUCAUCCAAAAACCAGAGCUUUUAUAACUCAUGGUGAAGCCAAUGGCAUCUACGAGGUGAUCUACCAUGGGAUCCCUAUGGUGGGCAUUCCUUUGUUUUCAGAUCAACCUGAUAACAUUGCUCACAUGAAGGUCAAGGGUGCAGCCGCCAGAGUGGACUUCAACACAAUGUCAAGUAUAGACUUGCUGAAUGCACUGAAGACAGUAAUUAAUAAUCCUUUGUGAGUAUAACAAUAUUUUCCACUAGGUGGUAUUUAUAGAUAGCUUCUUUUGUCAGUAGUGAGUGUGAGUUUCAUCCUUUUCAUAAGAGACUAAUUUUGAAAGAAUAUAAAUCAUUUAACCAAUCUGAAAUCUUUUAUUUUUUAUCAGUUAUUUUAAAAUUGUAUUUGAACCCCAUAUAUCUAAUGAAUAACCAGUUAGUAAAACAAUUUUCUAAACUAAAAUGCAUUUAAACUGAUAUAGAUAAUAUAAACAAUGCAUUUCUUAAAAAAUUGACAUAAUGAAUUAUUAGUAGAAAGGAAGAAUAAAUAAAAUAAUAUAAAAUAUUUUAACUAAAUAUCUAAAAUAUCUCAGGAUAUGACUAUUUUCUUGCUGAGAAAUUACUUUUUAUUAUUAUACUUGCUAUAACACACUUGAAAAUGAGAUUUAAUUUUGAUAGCAUAAAACCCACCUGUUUAUGGUAUAAAAUCCAAAUAGAUUUAAGAAUGUUUAAUGAAUCAUGAAGCCAUCACCAUUACAUAAUUUUAGAACAUUUUUGUCAACAUAAAAGAAACUACAGUGACCCAGAAGUGGUCUCACAUGACCACUUAGCCCUAAUCUAACACCAAUUUGUUUUCUUUCUCUAAAGGUUAUUCUCUCUAGAUAUUUCAUAUAAAUGGAAUCAUAUAGUUUAGAGUGCUGUGUAAAUGACAUUUCACCUAGCCUAGUUUUUUGGGGGUUUUUUAUGGUUUUUAGUUUUAUUCAUGUUGUUGUGUGUUUUAAUACUUCAGUUCUCCUUACAGCAGUAUAAUAUUUUACAGUACGGAUAUGUCAUGUUUUAUUUGUUUACUUACCAGUUCAUUGGUAUUUCGAUUGUUUCCAAUUGUGACUUUUAUGAACAUUACUGCACACAUUUUUGCAUAAACAUGUUUUCCUUUCUUUUGGAUUGAUACUAUCGGUGGAAUUGCUGGCUCAUGUGGGAACUGUUUGUUUAUGAAGAACCGUUAUACUGUUUUCCAAAGUACUUGUUCCAUUCAUCACCACCACCCAAUUCAUCCAGAUGUAAACCUGUUUGUCUUUUUGUUACAGCCUUCUCAGUGAGUAUAAAACGAUCUCUCAUCCUGGUCCUGGAUUGCAUUUUUCAUUACAGCUGAAGAAAUUGAGAAUUUUUAUAUGUGCUUACUAAUCAUUCAUAUAUCUUCUUUGAAAAUAUGUCUACUCCAAUCCUUGGAACAUUCUUAAACUUUGCUAUUUAUCUUAUUAUUAAGUUUUAAUAACUAUAUGUCAUAUUUGAUAUGUAAUUUUUAAAUAUUUUGUCUCAUUUUGGGUGAACUAACAUUUUACUUUUAUUAGAAUGAUUUUAGAAGCACAAAAAAAUUUUAAGUUAUAUUUUUGAUAAUUGAUUUUCUUAACACCACAAAGAUAACAAUGUGGAAAAUGACUUCUGCAGUCCAGCUACCAUCAAUUCAGCAUUUGUAACUACUAUCAAUAAUGUUUUAUAUAAGGAGGGGGUAUCAUCUAAAGGAAAACUUUAAAGAUACUUUAUCAGAAAGAAAAUAGAUAGCAAAUGAUAAAAAAUAUCUUUAAGUAAGAUAGGAAAUAAUUGAAAAGAAACAUAAACUAACUUGGACAAAUAGAAAGUUAAUAUAAAAUACAGUGGUAGAUUUAAAUGUGAUUAUACAAAUACUUUCACUCAAUCUAAACAGACUUUUUAAAAAAGCAAACAAUGAGCAAGGAUAUAAAACAAUUGAAGAAUACAAUUAACAAAUGGAAUCUUAUAAUGUAAAAUAAUACAUACACAUGCACAUAUAUACACAUACAAUACACACACAUGUAUCAUAUAUAUACAUUUAUAUAUCAACUUGAAGACACAUUUUUCUAGAGUAUGUCAAAUAUUUAAUAGUUAUUUGAAGUAACAUGUGGUGGGCCAUAAAUCAAGACUUAAUAAAUAUAAAAAGAUUCAAUAUUAUAAAGACUACAUGAUCCACCCAUAGUGAAAAAAAGGGAGGUUAUAAAAAUGAUAACUAAAAUGUCUUUAAGUUUUGGAAAUUAAAAUAAUACACUUUAAAAAAAUUAAAGUCAAAAAAUAAAUCAUAAUUAUGCAUACUCUUUUAUCUCAGCAAUUCUACUCUCAAUUAUAUAUACAACAGGUGUGUAUAAAUAUAUAAAUCUAAUCCUAUAUAGAAGAAAGCUCACAACAGAAUUAUCAGUGUUGAAAACAUUUAGCAACCCAAAUGUCUAUUAAUCAUAAAAUGAAGAUGUAAUAUAUGCUUUAUCAAUCAACAGAAUACUACACAGCAAUGGAAUUACCAAACAACUCCUACAUUAAAAGAAAAAACACUAAUGAGUACAUAUUAUAAAAUUCAACUACAUAAACAAGCAAAAUUAAUGUAUGCUGUUCAAAGUCAGCAUAAUACUUAAUUGAAGGACAAAAGUAGUUACUAAAUGGGUCCGAAAAAAAGAGUUAUUCUAGACAGGAUGUGAUAUUUUAUACCAUGAUCUGAGCAGUAGGUAAAUUGGUAUCUUCUUUAAGAUAAUGCUUAAAAUUAUCUUACAUUUUUUAGCUAUUCACUUAGUGUAUGUAUAUUUAUGUUUUAUAUUUAAUAUUUAAAUGUUUAUUUUAUGAGAUAUAUAAUGUAUUUUAAAAUUCUAGGAAUCAAAUAGCCAAAUAAGCACAGAAAAUAGAAAAAAUGCUAGAGGUUCCAUCAUAGUGUGGCCAUUAAAAACCUCUCUGAGAGGUAACACUUAGAAGGAAGGCUCAAAAAGGGAGAGAAGCGUGUCUUUGGUAGUAGCAAGAAAGAGUGCUCCAAGAGCUGGAAAGGGGACAAAAUGUGUAAGGUGCUGUGAUCAGAACAGCUUUGGGAGCUUAAAGUAAAUAGAAGAUCAAUCUAGAAGGCAAUGUGCAGGGGAAAAGUGUUAAGAAAAGAGCUUGCCAGCGUCUAACAAUGUGGGGUCUGUAGACCAAAUAACAGACUGGGAUUUUAUUCUUAAAAUAAUGAGAAGCCAGGCAAAAAUCUUAAUCAAGGAAGUGUCACAAUUGGACCUUUAUUUCAAAAGAUUAUUCUGGCUACUGGGUGGGAAACACUCGGAGACAAAAGAGUAGAGUGGAAGCAAAGUGACUAUCUAUGGAGACGUGUUACUCACCAUGAAACAAUUCCUUUUGAACAACUUAGAGGUGAUAAUUUUCACAUUGCAUUUUCACAAUCUUUCUACCAGUACUCAAAAUGGCUCAUGAUGUUGAGCACAUUCUCAUAUGCCUAUUUGAGAACUAAGAGUGUAAUUGGAUUGUUCAUAACACAAAAGAGAAAUGCUUAAGGGAUGAAUAUCUUAUUUGCUAUGAUGUGAUUGUUUCAUAUUGCAUCUAAACAUCUCAUGUACCCCAUAAAUAUAUAUACUUACCACAUACCUGCAAAAAGUUAAAAUUUAAAAAGUAAAAAAUUUGAGAAGACUUAUAUUUUCUCUGCAUGAUAGAAAUUAAUUUUCUCACCUGACCUUCCAUUUCUACUUUAAAAAUAUCUGUCAGCUCCAUUAAGUUGUUUAUGUUCUUCUCUAUGCUGGUUAUUCCAGUUAGUAUUUCGAUAGCUGAAUUAAUUAAGUUGGAGAAAGAAUGUCAGAGAUUGAAGAUCAACUCAAUGAAAUAAAGUGAUAAGGCAAGAUUAGAGAAAAAAAGUGUGAAAAGAAAUGAACAAAGCCUCUAAGAAAUAUGGAAUUAUGUGCAAAGACCAAAUCUACAUUUGAUUGGUGUACCUGAAAGUGACGAGGAGAAUGAAACCAAGUUGGAAAACACUUUUUAGGAUAUUAUCCAGGAGGAUAUCCUGAACAAAGCAAGGAAGGCCAACAUUCAAAUUCAGGAAAUACAGAGAACACCACAAAGAAAUUCCUUGAGAUGAGCAACCCCAAGGCACAUAAUCCAUAGAUUCACAAGGGUUGAAAUGAAGGAAGAAAUGCUAAGGGCAGCCAGAGAGAAAGGUUAGGUCACCCACAGAGGGAAGCCCAUCAGACUCACAGUGGGAUCUCUUGGCAGAAAUUCUACAAACCAGAAGAGGGUGGGGGUCAAUAUUCAACAUCCAUAAAGAAAUUAAUUUUCAACCCAGAAUUUCAUAUCCAGUAAAAUAAGCUUUAUAAGUAAAGGAGAAAUAAAAUCCUUUAUGAACAAGUAACUGCUGAGAGAUUUCAUCACUACCAGGCCUCCCUUACAAGAGCUCCUGAAGAAAGUGCUAAACAUAGAAUGGAAGAACCAGUACCAGCCACUGCAACAACAUACCAUAUUGUAAAGACCAUCAUCACUAUGAAUAAACUGCAUCAACUAAUGGGCAAAACAACCAGCUAGCAUCAAAAUGGCAGGAGCAAAUUCACAUAUAACAAUAUUAAUCUUAAAUGGAAAUGGGCUAAAUGCCACAAUCAAAAUAUACAGACUGGCAAAUUGGAUAAAAUGUCAAGACUCAUUGGUGUGCUAUAUUCAGGAGACCCAUCUCAUGUGCAAAAACAGACAUAGGCUAAAAGUAAGGGGAUGGAGGAAGAUUUACCAAGCAAAUGGAGAGGAAAAAAAAACAGGGGUGGUAAUCCUCAUCUCUGAUAGAACAGACUUUAAACCAACAAAGAUCAAAAAAGACAAAGAAGGGCAUUACGUAAUGGUAAACAGAUCAAUGCAACAAGAAGAGCUAACUAUCCUAAAUAUAUAUGCACCCAAUAAAGGAGCAUCCAGAUAAAUAAAGCAAGUUCUUAAUGAUCUACAAAGAGACUUAGACUUCCACACAAUAAUAGUGGGAGACUUUAACACUCCACUAUCAAUAUUAGACAGAUCAAUGAGACAUAAAAUUAACAAGGAUAUGCAGGACUUAAACUCAGAUCUGGAUCAAGUGAAUGUAAUAGACAUCUAGAGAACUCUCCACCCCAAAUCCGCAGAAUGUACAUUUUUUUCUCAGUGCCACAUCACACUUAUUGUAAAAUUGGCUGCAUAAUUGGAAACAAAACAAUCCUCAGCAAAUGCAAAAGGACGGGAAUCAUAACAAACUGUUUUUCAGACCCAGCACAAUUAAAUUAGAACUCAGGAUUAAGAAACUCACUCGAAACCACACAACUACAUGGAAACUGAACAACCUACUCCUGAAUGGCUACUGGAUAAAUAAUAAAUUGAAGGCAGAAAUAAAGAUGUUCUUCAAAACCAAUGAGAACAAAGACAAUGUACCAGAAACUCUGGGACACAUUGAAAGCAGUGUCUACUGGGAAAUUUGUAGCACUAAAUGCCCAUAAGAGAAGCAAGGAAAGAUCUAAAAUCAACACCUUAACAUCAUAAUUAAAAGAACUGAAGGAGCAAGAUCAAACAAAUUCAAAAGCUAGCAGAAAACAAGAAAUAACUAAGAUCAGACCAGAACUGAAAAAGAUAGAGACAGAAAAAAAAACCCUAAAAAAUCAAUAAAUCCAGCAGCAGGUUUUAUGAAAAGAUCAAGAAAAUAGAUUGACUGCUAGCCAGACUAACAAAAAAGAAAAGAGAAGAAUCGAAUAGAUGCAAUAAAAAAUGAUAAAGGCAAUGUCACCACUGAUCUCACAGAAAUACAAACCACCAUCAGAUAUUACUACAAACAACCCCAUUCAAAUAAACUAGUAAAUCUAGAAGAAAUGGAUAAAUUCCUAGACACUUACACCCUCCCAAGAAGUUGAAUCUCUGAAUAGAUCUAUAACAAGGUCUGUAAUUGAGGCAGCAAUUAAGAGCCUGGCAACCAAAAAAAGUCCAGGACCAGGCAAGUUCAUGGCUGAAUUGUACAGAGGUACAAAGAUGAUCUGGUACUGUUCCUUCUGAAACUAUUCCAAACAGUAAAAAAAGAGAGAAUCCUCCCUAACUCAUUUCAUGAUGCCAGCAUCAUCCUGAUACCAAAACCUAGCAGAGAUACAACUAAAAAAGGACAUUUCAGGCCAAUAUCCAUGAGCAUGGAUGCAAAAAUCCUCAAUAAAAUACUGGCAAACCGAAUCCAACAGCACAUCAAAAAGCUUAUCCAUCACCACCAAGUAGGCUUCAUCCCUGGGAUGUGAGGCUGGUUCAACAUAGGCAAAUCAAUAAAUGUAAUUCAUCACAUAAACAGAAGCAAAGAAAAAAUCCACAUAAUUAUGCUCAAGGAAAUGAGAGAGGACACAAGCAGAUGGAAAAACAUUCCAUGCUCAUGGUUAGAAAAAUUCAAUAUUAUGAAAAUGACCAUACUGCCCAAAGUAAUUUAUAGAUUCAAUGCUAUUCCCAUCAAGAUACCAUUGACUUUCUUCACUGAAUUAUAAAAAACACCUUAAACUUCAUAUGGAACCAAAAAAGAGAGCCUGAGUAGCCAAGACAAUUCUAAGAAAAAAAUAAAUAAAUAAAAGUGAGAGACACCACACUAUUUGACUUCAAACUAUACUACAAGGCUACAGUAAUCAAAACAGCAUGGUACUGGUACCAACACGGAAAUACAGACCAAUGGAACCAUACACAGACCUCAGAAAUAACACCACACAUCUACAACCAUCUGAUCUUUAACAAUCCUGACAAAAACAAGCAAUGGGGAAAUUAUUCCAUAUUUAAUGAAUGGUGUUGGGAAACUGGCUAGCCACAUGCAGAAAGCUGAAACUGGAUUCCUUCCUUACACCUUAUAAAAAAUUAACUCCAGAUGGAUUAAAGAUUUAAACAUAACACCUAACACCAUAAAAUCCCUAGAAGAAAACCUAGGCAGUACCAUUAAGGACAUAGCCAUGGGCAAGAACUUCAUGACUAAAGUAUCAAAAGUAAUGGCAACAAAAGCCCAAAGUAGACAAAUGAGAUCUAAUUGAACUUAAGAGCUUCUGCACAGCAGCAGAAAUUAUCAUUAGAGCGAACUGUCAACCAACAGACAAAGGGCUAAUAUCCAGAAUCUACAAAGAACUUAAACAAAUUUACAAGAAAAAAAAACAAAUGGCCCCAUCAAAAAAUGGCUGAAGCAUAUGAACAGACAGUUUUCAGAAGACAUUUAUACAGCCAACAAACAUGAAAAAAAAACUCAUCAUCACUGGUCACUAGAGAAAUGCAAAUCAAAACCACAUUGAGAUACCAUCUCACACCAGUUAGAAUGGCAAUCAUUAAAAAAUCAGGAGACACAUGCUGGAGAGGAUGUGGAGAAAUAGGAAUACUUUUACACUGUUGGUGGGAGUGCAAAUUAGUUCAACCAUUGUGGAAGAUAGUGUGGUGAUUCCUCAAGGAUCUAGAACUAGAAAUGCCAUUUGAACCAGCAAUCCCAUUACUGGGUAAAUACCCAAAAGAUUAUACAUUAUUCUAUUAUACAGAUAAUGCACACGUUUGUUCACUAUGGCACUGUUCACAAUAGCAAAGACUUGGAACCAACCCAAAUGCCCACCAAUGCUAGACUGGAUAAAGAAAAUGUGGCACAUAUACACCAUGGAAUACUAUGCAGCCAUAAAAAAGGAUGAGUUGAUAUCCUUUACAGGGACAUGGAUGAAGCUGAAAACCAUCAUUCUCAGCAAACUGACACAAGAACAGAAAACCAAACACUGAUGAUCUCACUCAUAGGUAGGAGGGGAAUAUCACACACUGGGGCAUGUUGGAGGGUGGUGGGCUAGGGAGAGAUGGCAGGGAUUGGAGGGAUUGCAGAGGGACAGCAUUAGGAGAAAUACCUAAUGUAGUUGAUGGGGUGAUAGAUGCAGCAAACCACCAUGACACAUGUAUACCUAUGUAACAAUCCUGCACAUUCUGCAUGUGUACCCCAGAACUUAAAGUAUAAUUAAUAUAUAUUUUUUAAUUUGUCAAUGAGAAAAGGUCAGUGUAAAGGCCAAACUUUCUCUGAUUACUCAAAUUAAAAUACACAAAUUCUAUGUCAAUAUUUUGACAUUUACUUUGAAUCAUUUGACAGUUUCAAACCUUUCAAGGACUUCAUAUAACUUACUUUUAGUGUUAGUAUCUUUAUUUUUAUCAUUCAGAUAUAAAGAGAAAGUUAUGAAAUUAUCAAAUAUUCAACAUGAUCAACCAGUGAAGCCCCUGAAUCAAGCAGUCUUCUGGAUUGAAUUCGUCAUGCGCCACAAAGGAGCCAAGCUUCUUCAGGUUGCAGCCCACAACCUCACCUGGUUCCAGUACCACUCUUUGGAUGUGAUCAGGUUCCUGCUGGCCAGUGUGGCAACUGUGAUAUUCAUCAUCACAAAAUGUUGUCUGUUUUGUUUCUGGAAGUCUGCUAGAACAGGAAAGAAGGUUAAAAAGGAUUAGUUAUAGCUAAGGCUUGAGCUGGAAAAUCUGAUUGAUGGGACUACUUCAGUUAAUUCCAGCAAGAAAGAUUGUGAUGCAAGAUGUUUUCCUCCCUGUGACAAAAAAAAAAAAAAAAAAAAAAAAAUCUUUUCAAAACCUACUUGAAAAUUUUUUUACUUUUGUCAAGUAAAAAUUUGUUUUUCAGAAGUUUACCACCCAGUUAAUGGUUAGAAAUACUUUGUGGCAAUGAAGAAAACACUAGGGAAAAUUAAAAAAUAAUAUAAAGCC